AUGUCUUUGUUCAACAAAGUCCGUUUGCCAAUCACCCAGACUGCUGGAUUCUUGAGAUUCAACCCUGGACAACAACAGGUGCGUCACUUGAACUUGCACGAGUAUCAGAGCAAGUACUUGAUGGACAAGUAUGGAGUCAACACUCAGAAGUGGCGUGUGGUGUCAAAGGCAUCAGAGUGCACAAAGGCUGCUCAGGAGCUCAAUGCUAAGGAGUUGGUGGUCAAGGCCCAGGUUCAUGCUGGAGGCCGUGGCAAGGGUACCUUCACAGAGACCGGCUUCAAGGGUGGCGUCCACCUGUGCAAGACUGGCGCCGAGGCUGAGCGUCUGGCCGGCGAAAUGCUCGGCAAGCACCUCGUCACCAAGCAGACCACCAAGGAUGGCACUCUCGUCCAAAAGGUGAUGCUGGCCGAGUCGGUCGACCCCGCCCGUGAGCUCUACUUUGCCAUCUUGAUGGACCGCUCCAGCGGAGGCCCCGUCCUCGUCGCCUCGCCAAAGGGUGGUGUCGACAUUGAGGCCGUCGCUGAGGAGACCCCUGAGCUCAUCUUCAAGGAGCCCAUCGACAUCUUCAAGGGCAUUCAGCCCGAGCAGACCCUGCGCCUGGCACAGAAGCUUGGCUUCAAGGGCGCCAACCUGGCCAUUGCCCAGCAGCAGAUGGUCAACCUUUACAAACUGUUCAUCGAGUCUGAUGCCACACAGGUCGAGAUCAACCCAUUCGCCGAGACCACCGACGGCAAGAUCUACGCCAUGGACGCCAAGAUCAACUUUGACGACAACGCAUCCUUCCGCCAGAAGGCCGUGUUUGACAUGCGCGACGUCAACGAGGAGGACCCACGUGAGGUCGAGGCCAGCAAGUUUGGUCUCAACUACAUUGGCAUGGACGGCAACAUUGGAUGCAUGGUCAACGGAGCCGGUCUGGCCAUGGCCACCAUGGACAUCAUCAAGCUGCACAAGGGCACCCCAGCCAACUUCCUGGACGUCGGUGGCGGUGCCACUGAGAAGCAGGUCACAGAGGCCUUUAAGAUCAUCUCGGCCGACCCCCAGGUCAAGGCCAUCCUGGUCAACAUUUUCGGAGGUAUCAUGAAGUGCGACAUCAUUGCCGCGGGAGUCGUCAACGCCUGCAACAGCAUCGGUCUGAAGAUCCCCCUGGUCGUCCGUCUGGCCGGUACCAACGUCGAGCUGGGUCAACAAAUUCUGGAGAAGAGUGGAUUGAAUAUCAUCACUGCCAUCGACCUCGAUGACGCUGCCAUCAAGGCUGUUGCUUCCAUGAACAAGUAA